GUUGUUGUUCAAGAGAAGGUCUGCCGCUCCUGUGAGAGGGUCACUGUGAAGGGUUCUCUUACUCCAAUGCAGCUCGGUCGGGCUUCCAUCGUUGGAGCCGGUAUCGAGCUGGAGGCAUUAGCUCCUGGACAGGGCAUGAACCAGUACUCAUGUAGCCAUGUUAUGGCUCCACCUCAAUACACUGCUAUGGGCACUCUAGUUAUGCAAUGUGCUUGCCAGGAAAAG